AUGUGUAGCUGGCAAUCGGUGCGCGCCAACGUUAUUCGUGAUACGGUCUACAUAGACGGAGGAUAUCUCUGGUAUAAGCAAAUAUACUCGGACAAUUGUACAGGCGACGAGUCUGAUGGAAGUUUUGAUGGCUCCGUCUAUACUUUCAAUCUUUCGUCCUCCUUCAAUACUAGUUCCAAUUUCUCAGAUGUUCUCAGCCUGAUGUCUAUCGCUGGUGCUGGGAGCAAUAUAGAUCCAACUUUCAUUGAUGGCGUGAUGUUUGCCAACGAUGGCGAAUUCUACCUCUAUGGUGGCGCCGCCAUUCCUACCACCAAUGACGAGGACGCGUCUGAAGAUACGGUGCUUGGAUACGAAGCCUUCCAGUAUGAUGGGAUCACCAAGCAAGACUGGGAGCCCAGAUUCUGGAUCGAUGACCUUCCCGACAAUGUGACAACAUAUAUCACUAAUGGAGCUGGGGAAUCAGCUCCUAGCGAGAACCUGGGCUUCUAUUUUAGUGGAAUGCAUGUUCCGGGCUGGGGCGCCAUCUCAUAUCCACCUCUCAAAGCCAACACCACAGCAGACACAUUGAUUACGGUGAACAUGACGGUGAUGGAGUCUGAGAAAUGGGUAAAUGACACGCUUCCGAGCUAUAUUCAAGGUCGUGCGAAUGCCGAGCUUGUUUGGGUGCCAGUGUCCGAGUCUGGAGUCCUGGUGGCCAUCGGAGGUGUGGUUGAGCCUGCUGGAACAAUUGAAAGCCUGACCUCAACGCAGAAGGCGCUCAGCGAAGAAAUCAGCCCAACAUUCAUGGAGACGGUUUCUGUCUACGAUAUCGAUACCAAGACUUGGUACCUCCAGAACACGACGGGCGAUACACCACCCCAGUUGACCGAAUUUUGUUCUGUACUUGCGAGUGCAGAGGACGACUCCUCACACAACAUCUAUAUCUACGGGGGCUACAAUGGCCUCAAUGUCAAUGCAAAUCCAUCAGAUGAUGUGUAUAUCUUGUCCUUACCCUCUUUCACAUGGGUCAAAGCGUACAACGGGACAAACACACACGGCCGGAACGGACAUCGAUGUAUCGCGGUUUACCCAAACCAAAUGCUCGCUAUUGGAGGCUAUCGCAUUGAUACAACACAUUGUCUUGAGGGAGGUGUUAUUGUCAACUUCAAUCUAAACAACCUUAGCUUCCAGGAUGCCUAUGAUCCCUCGCAGUGGAGCGACUACAAAGUGCCGGACCUUUUGAUAGCUCAAAUAGGUGGAGACUCUUCAGGUGGUGCAACUACCACAGCUCCAUCCUCUUGGACCAAUUCCUCGCUCGAAGGUAUCUUGAAUACGAAAUACACCAAAACCAUCUCAACCUACUGGCCCUACAACACGACUUCCACCGAUAGCAGCACAACGACACAUCACAAAAAAUUCCCGACCUGGGCUGCAGCCGUGAUCGGCGUGCUUUGUGGCCUCCUCGUCAUUGGACUAAUACUACUCGCAUGGUUUUGUCUCAGACGUCGCCAGAAACGCCAGCUUGAAAGGCAAGAAGAAGUCCAUGAAACCGACGGUCGGGAGCGUCUUACAUCCAUGUACGGCGGUGGCCCAACAUCGCCUAUAGCAGGCCCAAGAUCUGCAUCUACAGGCCAGGAGACAUCUAUAGGAGUAGGCACAAUACAGGAAUCAAUCGACACAUCUGCAUCUCCAGGAACAGUGGAAUCAGGAGGAGGUGCUGUCCACGAGAUGCAAGACUCUUCGCCCGUCGAACUUCCCACAACAUUCAACGUUUCCGCUGCCAAUACCAAUAUCACCAGGGGGUCCUCAAUGACUAGUAUAGCACGGGGAUCCUCUCCUUCGCCUAUCUUACCUCAAACUCCCGAGUCGGAGAUUGGUUCGUUCAUGAUACCGAGCCACCACCGUAGUUUGUCAACCCGGUCGAUUGAUAAUGUGGUCACGGGCCGGAUGUCACAAUUUCAUGAAACCUUCGAUGGAUAUGGGCAGCACCAUGGGUCUGAAAUUUCCGAGGGGAGCUCGAAUGAGAGAGCUGUAAUUGGUGGCAGUGAGACUAUCCAUGAAUGA